UUUGAUCGCUUACUUGUACUAAAGCCAAACGGAAACAAAAUCCACAGCGGAGAAAAUGGCAGAGAGUAUUCAGUUGUAAUUGCCAUCCAUUCCAAUUAUAACUAAAAACGAACAAUUGCGCAAUUGAAAAAGGAGUAAAAAAAACGUAUCUUCCACUUCUGGCGGGAAACUUCAACGGUAAUUUAUAUCUGAGCAUAUUGCUGUACUAGCUUAGUACAUCCAUGGCGGACCCGUCACAUGGCCCUGCGAAUUUCUGGACUCAAGCUGAUGCUUUGCUUAGGAAGAACUUAACUUAUCAGAAACGAAAUGUUAAGACAAAUUGCAGGCUCAUUAUGUUUCCAUUUGUCCUCUGCCUACUACUUGUUAUCACUCAACGUUUGGUUGACCAUGAAUUCAACAAGGCUAGUAGGACUUGCGGAUGUGCUAAUGUUGAUACAAAUGGAGAUGGAGUACCCGAGAAAGUUUGUGGUUUACAAUACUCGACUUUGGAUCAAGUAGCCACUUGUCCCAUACCAAACCCCCCACAAUGGCCUCCCCUAUUACAAAUUCCAGCUCCCCAGUAUCGUGCAGUCAGAUCUGAUGUUAUCCCAAUGAUGGACUUGCCAGAUGAGUCAUGCAGGCAGACAGGGUCCUGUCCUGUAACUGUACUUUUCACUGGAAAAAAUCAAUCACUUGGAGAAAUUUGGGCUGCGAAUAUGUUCCCAAAUUCUUUCACUCUGAAUCCUUCAAACUUUGUGGAUAGUUUAGCCAACAAUGUAUUCGGUUCAGAUACAGAGCCAAAACGAGACAAUUUUCUUGAACCAGUUUUCAUUGAGGAUUCUCCUCUCUAUUAUGUUCAGAGUCAAUGCACUUCAAACUCAACAUUCUCUAUUUCUGUUCAGUCAGUCAUUGAAUUUCAAAAAGAGGCAGCAUGUGUUCAAGAUCUACACUUAUGGCGCAAUAGUUCUUCUGAGGUAAAUGAGCAGCUAUACAAAGGAUACCGCAGAGGGAAUUCGGAAAGAAAGAUCAAUGAGAUACUUGCAGCCUAUGAUUUCUUAAACUCUAAUGAUAGUAUUUUUAAUGUGAGCAUAUGGUACAAUUCAACCUACAAGGAUGGUGAUAUUGAAGGUCAAUUUAACUUUCUGCGGGUUCCGCGAUCAGUUAAUCUUGUAUCAAAUGCAUACCUUCAGUUUUUGCAAGGACCUGGUACGAAAAUGCUAUUUGAGUUUGUCAAAGAAAUGCCUAAAGCAGCCAGCAGGAUCAAUGUGGAUCUUGCAUCUCUUCUUGGGACACUCUUCUUUACAUGGGUUAUUCUGCAGCUUUUCCCUGUGGUGCUAUCAUCAUUAGUAUACGAGAAACAGCAAAAAUUGAGGAUUAUGAUGAAAAUGCAUGGACUUGGUGAUGGGCCUUAUUGGAUGAUUUCUUAUUCAUAUUUUCUUUCCAUUUCUUUCAUGUAUAUGUUGGUUUUCGUGGUAUUUGGCUCAGUUAUAGGAUUGAAAUUCUUCACACUGAAUGACUACAGCAUUCAAUUUGUCUUUUUCUUUAUAUAUAUUAACUUGCAAAUCUCCUUGGCCUUUCUCCUUGCUGCAUUCUUUUCAAAUGUUAAGACUGCUACAGUUGUGGGCUACAUAUGCGUCUUUGGAACUGGGCUCUUAGGUGGCUUCCUUUUCCAAAACUUUGUUGAAGACUCAUCAUUCCCGAGAGGAUGGAUCAUUUUGAUGGAGUUAUAUCCUGGUUUCUCUCUGGUUCGAGGUUUAUACGAGUUUUCACUAUAUUCUUUCACAGGGAAUGCAAUGGGGACUGACGGGAUGCACUGGGAAAAUUUGAGUGAUAGCAAAAACGGAAUGAGAGAGGUCUUGAUUAUCAUGCUUGUUGAGUGGUUAGUCAUACUUUUUUUUGCAUACUAUAUGGAUCAAGUUGCAUCAUCUGGAAGUGGGAAAAGUUUUCUCUUUUUCAUUGAAAAGUUCGGGAAGAAACAUCCAUCUUCUCUUCGGAAGCCUAGUUUGCGAAGGCAGGAAUCGAAAGUUUUUGUUGAUAUGGAUAAACCUGAUGUCAUUCAGGAGAGGGAGAAGGUCGAGCAGUUAUUGCUGGAGCCAAGCACAAGUCAUGCAAUCAUCUGUGACAACCUGAAAAAAGUGUACCCUGGAAGGGAUGGAAACCCUGCGAAACUGGCCGUGAGAGGAUUAUCUCUUGCAUUGUCUCCAGGGGAGUGUUUUGGUAUGCUCGGUCCUAAUGGUGCUGGGAAGACCUCUUUCAUUAGUAUGAUGAUUGGGCUCACUAAGCCAACCUCGGGAACAGCAUGUGUUCAGGGUUUGGACAUACAGACUCAUAUGGAAUGGAUUUAUACCAGUAUGGGUGUAUGCCCUCAGCACGACCUGCUCUGGGAAACUUUGACGGCAAGGGAGCACUUACUGUUUUAUGGAAGACUUAAGAACCUAAAAGGUUCUGCCUUGAAACAAGCUGUAGAAGAAUCUCUCAGGAGUGUCAACUUGUGUAAUGGUGGGGUUGCUGACAAACAAGCUGGGAAAUAUAGUGGAGGCAUGAAAAGGAGGCUUAGUGUUGCAAUAUCAUUGAUUGGGGAACCUAAGGUUGUCUACAUGGAUGAACCCAGUACUGGAUUAGAUCCAGCUUCGAGAAGCAAUUUGUGGAAUGUAGUGAAGCAUGCAAAGCAACACUCGGCAAUUAUUCUCACCACACAUUCAAUGGAAGAGGCAGAGGCCUUGUGUGAUCGAUUAGGGAUUUUUGUUGAUGGCAGCUUGCGGUGCAUAGGAAAUCCAAAAGAGCUGAAAGGUAGAUAUGGUGGUUCUUAUGUGUUCACAAUGACAACAUCUUCGGAACACGAGGAAGAGGUGGUGAACAUGGUGCAGAAACUCUCCCCUAAUGCCGAAAGGACAUAUCACACUUCUGGAACACAGAAGUUUGAGAUUGCAAAACAUGAAGUCAAAAUUGCAGAGGUAUUUCAUGCAGUUGAGAUUGCAAAAAGCAGAUUCCCAGUUUUCGCUUGGGGUCUCUCCGAUACCACGUUAGAGGAUGUCUUCAUCAAGGUUGCUCAUGGAGCCUAGCCAUUCAGCAUUACUUUCAUGGAGGUAUCUGAAACGCUUGCGCCUUCUGUAAAUUUCAAUAGGUCAUUUACAAUACAUUCAAUAGAGUUUUAUGUAAGUACCAGAAUAAUUUUUUCUUUAUCUUAUAUGAAUAUGUUUGUUGUAUAUAUCUAAUGACUGUAGAUACUGUAUUUUUCUUUUUUUAAUUACCAUUGAAGUUGAUAUCA